AUGGGAGUGAAAGGAAGCGACUGCAAUUACAUCGUACUUGCUCACUGCGACUCGUACAAAGCGACAGUAACGCUUGGGCGGCUCAUAAACCAAUCAAUUGAGCACGCCAACCUAAAUAUGAAGUGCAUGUACCUUGGUAAAUGCCGAGUUCGAUGGGCGCAUUGUUUGAUAGCUAGUCGCGAUAUUCAGGCUGGUGAACAGCUAUUGUGGAACUAUGCUGUAAGGGAAAGAGAUCCAAGCAAGCCCAAUUCUCCGAAAAAUUUUCCGUGCAUCUGUCACAAAGCACGCGCAGUAGGAUUGUUGCUGGAAAGUACUCCUGUUGCCGAUCCAGGAGUAGCAUUUGCAAGGAGCAGGCGUACCGUUUUCACUAAUAGAGAUGUGUUUCCGGACCCUGCCAUGUUCUUGGUAAAGGUCGCAUCUCCCUUGGCACAGUUGCUACAAAUAGCGACGGAAGCUGCUUUUAAGCGCAUGGAAUCGGUUGUUCUUAUUCUGUACCAAAAGCAGAAUGAUCCACAACCGCUAGUUAUCCUGUUAGGCGCACGCCAUCUUGAGGAAAGCGGUCAUCGUUACGGUUGCUGCGUAGCCGUCGUAGGCGACGAAAUUUACGCAGUGGAACGUCAGGCGGAAGCCAGAGCGGAUGAAAUGCCGUUGCACUUGAAGCUACUAUCAGCUGGUCCACUUACUCGUCACUUUCCAUUGCCAACAAUAGAGCCGUGGAAUACGAUACGCUGUAAGCCUAAACUUACACAUCAACAAAUCAUUGCAUCUCAAGAUGGAUAA